AUGCCGAAAAAGUUUGCUGGAGAAAACAGCAAAGCCGUUGCUGCACGUGAACGGAAGGAACUGGCAAAACAAGAAAAAGAUCUUAAACUUCAAAAGACUGUAGAAGAUGCUGCAUGGCAAGAUGAUGAUGACAAAUUGAAAAAGAAACAGCAAAAGAAGGAGGAACAAGAAAGAAAACGUCUUGAACAAUUAAAGAAGAAAGCAGAUGCAAAAGCUCUGCUAGAAAAGGAGAUGGAAUCAAUUAAAGGCGCUGUUAAAGCUGCCCCACAGCCAAAGAUAACAAGAGCUCAAAUAGAACAAAUUAAGGAACGGUCCCUCAAAGUUGAACCAGAAAAACAUGUGCCUGCAAGAGUUGUGGUUGAGGAGCCUCCAUUGGAAGAAAAUCUUAAUAGGUUGCAAUUGGACGGUGAAGUUGCACAGUCUGUAGAUGAAGCUAUCUCUUUGUUAAGUGACAAGGCGGACACAGACAAACACCCUGAGAAGCGUUUAAAAGCAGCAUAUACAGCUUUUGAAGAAAUUAACCUACCAAGAUUAAAGGCCGAAAAUCCCACACUCAGGCUAUCACAGCUUAAACAAAUGCUAAGGAAAGAAUGGACCAAGUCUCCGCAGAAUCCACUAAAUCAGAAAAUU